ACUCGAAAACAAUUUGGUAUACGAACAUUUUAUUUCAUAUACGUGGAAAUUCAGUAAUUUCUCAAAAGUACAAAUUCAACACGGUUAUACAAGGGACCUUUGUAUGACACCUGUACAAGCUGUCUAGCCACAAGAUAAUUCACGAUUUCUUAUUGUUAGUCUCUUUUAAAGGUACAAAUGGCAUCGGAAGUUGGUGACUCUCCCUUUAGCCCAAAGGCUGGCGUAGAAACCAAUGAAAAUGACCUUUCUAACUCUGAUAUUGUAACCAAAUAUCGCACAGCCUCAAACAUUGCCAAUUUAGCCCUUAAAAACUUGAUUGAUGAUCUCAAACCAGGUAUUUCUGUCAAGUCUCUCUGUGAUAAGGCCGAUAAGUUUAUAUUAGAGGAGGUUGGCAAACUAUACAACAAGAAGGAAAAUGGAAGAAAGAUUGAUAAAGGUAUUGGCUUUCCCACCUGCAUUUGCAUCAACGAGAUUUGCGAUUACUUCUCUCCAAACGACGAGAAUGUAACUGUUAGCGAUGGAGAUUUGGUAAAAAUUACCACUGGAUGCCACAUUGAUGGUUACGUCGGUCUUGCAACUCACACUGUGUUCGUUGGCACACAAGCAACUGGAAAGAUAGCUGAUGUUCUCAAGGCCGCAUGGUUCUGUAGUGAGGCUGCCUUGAGGAAGAUUAAGGUUGGAACUUCCAGCUCUGAGGUAUCCAAGACAAUUGAGAAAGUUGCCGCCGAGUUCAACUGCACACCACUUCUUGGCUUUUACAGUCAUGAAUUGAAACGCCAUGUAGUGGAAGGUAGCAGAUAUUUCCCUGGAAAUACUAAACUCGAGGACAGAACUGAGUCAUUUGUAUUUGGGAUCAACGAGGCCUACUCCCUGAACAUUGUGAUUUCUACGAGCGAGGGAAAACCGAAGCCAACGGAACAUACCACUACCAUUUACAGAACAGAUGUUCAAAAUAGGUAUACCCUCAAAACCACUCUAGGAAGAACAUUCAUCUCCCAAGUCAACUCAAAAUUCCCCGCUUUCCCAUUCCAUACAAAAUCAUUUGAAGAUGAGAGAGCACUCAAAGUUGGAUUGCCAGAGGCUUUGAGACAUAGUUUGCUCAAGCCUUACUUUGUCACAUCAGUCAAGAAUGGUGAAUUCGUUGCUCAUUUUAGAUGCACAGUAUUGUUGUUAUCUACUGGCCUAAAGAAGAUUACUGGGCUUCCAUUUGACCAACUAGAAUCGUGCAAGUCUGAAUUUGAAGUAAAGGAUCAGGAUCUUCUCGACUUGCUAGCAAGUCCAAUUGCCACUAAGAAGAAGAAACCAGCAAAGGCAGCUGAACCCGCAGCCACUGAAUGAUCUUUGUGCGAUAGAGUAUUGUAUUGGGGUGCUACU